AUCGUCAUUUUGAGAAAUUGUGAUUCGUUUCGUGAGAGCUUGCGAGGCUUCUAGAGAGAGAGAGAGAGAGAGAGAGAGAGAGAGAAGAGAAAGGAAGAAAAUAUAAUCAGAUCUUUUCUCUAUUUUCGCGGAGGCUGAGGAAAAAAUAUACGAUUUUCUCAGAUUUGAGUUUGAAGACCAAAACCUAAAACCGAAGCGAAGCGAUUCUUUGGUUUUGAUCUUUAAUUUCACGAAUUAGAUCGAUUUUAAUUGCUCGAAUAUAAUUCCUGUACCGGUUCUUUCGUGUAAUUGCUCGAAUACAUAAUUAUUGUUCUGAUUGACGAACUUGAUCGGAAAUCUUAAUUAGGCUUCGAUCGACGAACUUACCUAACGGGAAAUAGUAAUUAGGGUUUCGAUUUAGGAGAAAUCAUGAAUGAUCCAUCGCAGAUGAUGAAUCAAGCGAAGAUGAUGGGGCUGAGUCAGGCUCAGGUCAUGAGCCAACAGUCUCAGAUGAUGAGCCAGGCGCCUCAGAUUAUGAGCAAGAUGGCUCAGUCGUCACAGCCUCAGAUUCUGAGCCAGUCACAGGCCAUGGCGGCUCAGCAGCAGCAGCAGCAAUCUCAGCUGAUGAUGGUGACGGGCCAGUCGCAGCCACCGAUGUUGAACAGAAACUACAAAGCUUGGUCGCAACAGCAGCAACUGCCUCCUUUGGACCCGAGCAAGAAGUUUCAGAAGUCUAAUUUCGCGGCGGCUCCAAAGCUGCCAAACGCUGGAAGAAACAAUUGGAAGGGCAAGAAAGUUACUGACAAUCGGAAGGAUCCGAGAAGGAUCGAAAAACCCAUGCCCAAUGCUCCCCUGAGUGGUCUGACUGGUAGCGGAGGCUACAAGCCCCCGACCCUUCACGAAUUGCAGUCUCAGAAUCGGUUGAAGGCGCGGAAAUUUUAUCCAAAGAAGAAGUUUAAUAAUAGGUUUGCGCCUUAUGCGCCGAGGAAUACGACGUCGUUUAUAAUUCGGGCCAAAAAAGCCGGUGGCAUUGCUUCCCUGGUGUCUCCGUGUCCCGUGACGCCGUCCGUGCUUCCCACCCCGAUAUUCUCGCCAUCAAGGGAGGUGUUGGGUGAUAUGGCGAAAGAGGAGUGGGGAGUUGACGGGUAUGGGUCGAUGAAAGGUUUGAUUAGGCUUCGGUCCCCUGGAAAUGAGGAUGAGGAGGAAGAAGAAGGUGGUGGUGGGUCUAGUGAGAGUGAUGUGGAGGAGCAUGUGGAGGUUGAGAGGAGGUUGGAUCAUGAUUUGAGCAGGUUCGAGAUGGUAUACCCGAACUACAGCGGGGUGGAGUACAACAAUGUUCUGGAGAACAGAGUGGAUGAUCAAGAUACUCAUAUAGCCCAACUAGAAGAAGAGAACUUAACGUUGAAGGAGAGGCUUUUCUUAAUGGAGAGGGAGUUGGGGGAUUUGAGGAGGAGGUUGCAGUUUCUUGAGAGGCAGCACCACAUGGUGGAGGAGGUCAACGAGGAGGUGGUGGAAAAUGGGUCUGAUAAUGACAGCGAGGGAGGAUCUGCGGAUGCUCCACCCAUGUGUGUUGAUGGUCCAAAGGAAGAGCAUGUUGAUGGCACCCCUGAGAAUGAACGUGUAAGGGAUGUUUGUAUGGAAGAGUUUGUACCCCAUGAACAGGCAAUGCAUGAGUUUGUACGAAAUGAACAGAUUGCACAGGUGGAUGCGGCAGCAAAAAAAUUGAUUACAGUGAAGGAUGAGGAGGCAAAGACUGACUUCAUAGUGGAUCAAGCGUUAUCUGGAAAGGAUGUUUCCAAUAAUGAAGCGGAAAAUUUGAGUUCGUAGAGUUGCAUAGAAGAUUGCAGAAACGAGGAUUUCAAGCUCAUAGAGAGAGCUCAGAGAAAAGCAUCGGUGGCGGUGAUCAAUUUGUCCCGCAUUAAUCAUCCAGUGAAGACUUUUUUAAGUGUGCACUUCCAACAUGCCGAAGAAGGUGCGGCAGACUCUAAAUAACCAAAGAUUGGGAGGUUUGUAUUGAAGUUAGAAAGGAACAAAAUGUAUUGAUGGGGGAGGCGUACUUGGAGAAUUCAAUAAUCAGUUGUUAAGCCGCAGCUGUUUCCCAGUGACGGCCAUUGAACUAGUGAGUCAACAUUGGAGGUAUGCAACAGCUUGUUAUUUUGUUUAGAGCAUAAUACUUUGAGAUGGCUUACUAAUCUGAUUAAUUUUGCUUUGAAUUGGUUGUUUGGACUGCUCUGCAAUACGUCCCAAAUGUAGGUUUAGAGGCUUCGGUUAUUUUCUUUACUUGCCGCAAGCUGGUAAUCAAACUUCAGCAUGGAGAUUGAUAGGUUUUGCCAAAAACAUAGAGGCUUCGGCUUGUGAUUCUUGAUCCAAAUCUUUCAUUAAUGAAUAGACAUUUCAUUAAUUUGAACCCCUAUCUGUGUUCGGCUAAUUUUAGUUGAUCCUUCAUUUGUUCUUUAUCUAAUCAAUCUCUACCCUUUGUAUGUGAUCAAGAAAAAAUUGUCUGAAGAUAACAUUUUUGGACAUAGAGGAAGGUUCUGAUUCCGGUUUUGGGAAAGCUCUACUGCAUCUUUUGAUAUUUUCUAAUUACAAAUCUUCAAUUUUUUUUUUUUUUUCCCCCUCUUAAUUCUUUUGUUGGUUUAACCACAGGUUUGUUUUUCCAUUUGGAUACGGUGGGAUGGAUGCGGUUGUACAGUGACAAGAUAAUAGCUACUUUGCUGCUGUAACCACUGAAAGAUCAUUGUUUUUCCUCUACCAAUUGUCCAGACCCUAGAUGGAGCCUCUAAAGAAUUCCACUGCAUAAUUUACACGAGAUUUAUUAUUGAGGAUUAAUUAGCCCAAAACAUGGUGGGGAAUUUAUGAAUUUUUGAAUCUACAGAUUUUUAGUAUUA